AUGCAAGCUCCACAAGUCAAGUACAAGGCGAUCGAUGAGCAAUGCAUCCUUCAAGUCUGUACCAUCACCCCUCAGGUCUGUACCAUCAUCCCUCAGGUCUGUACCAUCACCCCUCAGGUCUGUACCAUCAUCCCUCAGGUCUGUACCAUCACCACUCAGGUUUGUACCAUAAUCCCUCAGGUCUGUGCCAUCAUCCUUCAGGUCUGUGCCAUCAUCCCUCAGGUCUGUGCCAUCAUCCUUCAGGUCUGUGCCAUCAUCCCUCAGGUCUGUGCCAUCAUCCCUCAGGUCUGUGCCAUUAUCCCUCAGGUCUGUACCAUCAUCCCUCAGGUCUGUGCCAUCACCCCUCAGGUCUGUGCCAUCAUCCCUCAGGUCUGUACCAUCAUCCCUCAGGUCUGUACCAUCACCCCUCAGGUCUGUGCCAUCAUCCCUCAGGUCUGUGCCAUCAUCCCUCAGGUCUGUACCAUCAUCCCUCAGGUCUGUGCCAUCAUCCCUCAGGUCUGUACCAUCAUCCCUCAGGUCUGUACCAUCAUCUCUCAGGUCUGUACCAUCACCCCUCAGGUCUGUACCAUCAUCUCUCAGGUCUGUGCCAUCAUCCCUCAGGUCUGUGCCAUCAUCUCUCAGGUCUGUGCCAUCAUUCCUCAGGAUGCCCAGAAGCCAUCAUCUCUCCGCAAAGGUCCUUUAGACCUAUGUCUCUUUGCUUUAGACUGGAACGUUUAUUAG